GGGGCCGAUGGCGGCGGGUGCUGCUGGUGUAAAAGAUGAGGCUGAAUGAGAGCCGGACAAGACCCUUCCAGGCUCCUGCCACUGUCCACACCUUCCCGGGCAGGCAGGUGUAUGUGUUCCCCAAUGGCCGGUCAGACUCGGACGAGUCCUCGGAGGAGGAGCUCAACGUGAUGGAAUUGCGGCCCAGGGGCAAGGAGCAGCAGCGGGGCAGCACCCGGGACAGGCUGGGGGAUGUGGUGCUUCUGGAGAGGGAGCUCACCGAGGAGGACAGCCUCAACAAGCUGGCCCUGCAAUACGGCUGUAAGGUUGCGGAUAUCAAACGCGUCAACAAUUUCAUCCGUGAGCAGGACCUGUAUGCGCUGAAGUCCAUCAAGAUCCCGGUGCGGCCGCACGGGCUGUUCACCGAGAGCACCGGGGCCCUGCGGCCGCCCCCGGCAGAGCCCGCCCAGCCCGGCCUGACGCGCGUGGAGCUGCCGGAGCCCGAGCCCGGCGCGGGCGGCUCCGCUGGCAGCCGGCGCCUCAGUGAGUACUUCAGGGGCAUCGACCAGAGCAUCCAGGACGCCGUGCAGGUGGAGGUGCAGCUGAACGCGGAGUACGGCGGGGAGGGGCUGGAGAGGCCCCUGCCGGAGGCGGGGAAGCGGGACACUGGUAACGGUGCAGACUGUGGAAUCCAGUGGUGGAACGCCGUGUUCAUUAUGCUCCUGAUAGGAAUUGUCCUGCCAGUGUUUUAUAUCAUCUACUUUAAAACGCAAGGCCUGGUGGCCCACACCUUUAACACAACAACCUCAAAUGUUUCAACAGCUGGAUUGGAAGGGAAAUUGCCACAAGGCUCAGUCGUAGGGAAAAAAUCCUAAGGGGAAAGGACAGCCUACUCCAGCCUCUCCAGCAGUGAUGCCCACAUGCUCGUGACUGACUCAAGUGCAUCUGAGGGGAUACAACAAUACAGAUUAUUUUUAUAAGUUGUUGAUGGUAAUCCUGAAUUUGACUGAAAAAUUAGGCGGUGUGAUUUUGAUGGAAAAACAGGGAUGCUUUGUUGCUUACAGAGCUCAUCACCCAGGUGGCUUCAGAGUUUGGAACUGUUGAGGGAAAGAAUUUUGUAGCAAUAUACUCAUUGUGGUUGCUUCAGGUAUUUCUUAAUGCCAUGUCUAGAAGCAAAUUCUUUGCUGCUGAACUAGAGAGUGCAGUAUUAAUGUGGCUGGAAAGUUGGGGGUUGUUUGCAUUUUAAGGAAACACUUUUUGCUGGAAUAGAAGUGGUGGACACUUUUUUUCAGAAGUGUCAUUUUUGUCUCUUGCAGACCAUGGUGGUUUUGGCCUGCUUGACCCUAAUGCUGCUUUCUGGGGCUCUAAGCUGGGUGUGCCAGGGCACGAGGAUGCUGCCAGCACCCCAGCUUGCCAUGCCCCGGAGCAAACCUUUGAGCUGUGUUCAUUAGGAUGCAUCAGGCCCACCCUGGGAAGGGUGAGCCCAGACCUCUUCCCCUCAGUGAGAUCCUUCAGAGAUGGCUCCUGAGAUCAGAGGUUACAGUGCAGGAUCUGUGCUGUCCCAGGGUGCUGCUCAGCCCUGUAUGGCCCCAGGUGGGCAUGGGGUAUUGGAGGAUGACAGGAGAGCAGGCGAGAGGAGUCACAGGCACUUUGCAGGGGCUGGUUUGCUGGCAGGAGGUCCAGUCAGUAUUCUGCUAAAAAGAUUAAUAAUAGUCUAUAGUGGUGCUUCUCAUGACCUGGACUCAGUCAUGGAAUUACUUCCUUGUGUGCAGUCUGAGCAGGAGUGAAGUGCUCAGCUGGGUGCAGGUUCCAAGGUCCAGGACAGAAGUCCAAGAAAGAAGGGUGAAGCCUUUCUAGGAGUGGACUGUGAAGCUGUUGUUUGACAGGUUUCUGUGAACUGACCACAUGCAUGGAAAAGCUUUACAGGGCAGUGGAGGUGUAGGUCAGCCCGAGGCUGUGCUCUUCGAGGCCACUCAGCAAACAAUGCCUGCUGCAAAGGAGGCCUUGGGAGCUUUGCUAAAGAGAAGAAUUUGCCUCAGCAAUUUGAUUCAGCAAAUUCCAGGCUUGUGGGCAGAGGUAAAGGCUUUCCUGGAACCAAACACUACGGGACUUCGUGUGGGUAGGUGCCUUUGGUGCUGAGGGUGAGGGCACGGCUGGUGGGCAGGUGCAGGAAGCCACUGUUUGUCUUCCCCACCUCGGCCCAGUCCCAUUUGCAGCUUCCCAGCUGCCAGCAGGACCACAGGGCUUUUCCAGCUCCCCCUGGCAGCCCAAGGCUGCUGGGGCAGAGCAGGGGCUGGAGAGGGGCUGUGGUGCAGACACCGGUACAGACACCUGUUGUCCAGGUGUGGCCUCAGCCUGGCGUGGAGGACGGCCUCUGCCUGGCAGUGUCUGCCUGGACAGGAGGCUUGAAACUUCUCCAGCAAGGUGAGGACCCCACACAAACACAACUGUGUGCUAUUACAAUGAGAAGCUGUGUUCCCUGCAGCUCUCAAAAGCGGGAACCUAGUUUUGUAAACAAGCACUCCAAAGUAUCUUAUACUGAACAAAUACUUGUAUUUUUCUUCUGUGAAGAGCUGUAUCUCUUUG